CUGGCCUCCCUAGCCGCUCACGCGUUGCAUCAUCCUCCGGCCCGCGAGAGCUGCGGGAAGACUGGGCGCGGCGCGAUCCACUCCGCGCGAGACACCAGCCCGCAAGGUCCGCACCUUUUCUUUUGCUCUUCUCGCACCUGCUGCUGCACUGAAAGAGGAAGCCCCCCGCGGGCCAGGCAGCGGGCUGCGGCAGAGCGCAGCAGGCGGACCUCGCAGCUGUUCCCGCUCCAUUCAUUUUCAGAACCGAUUUUGUUUUUUGUUUUAAAUCAGGGCCCAAGUCGCUCGCCUCCUGUAACUCGGGAGUUGCAGCUCUACAGCACUAUGGAGAAGAGCAGCGAGACCAACGGAUACCUAGACAGCGUCCAGGCGGGGCCUGCACCGGGGCCUGCACCGGGGCCUGCAGCAGCAGCAGCGCCGUCCACGAUGCCCCGGACCGCGGUGGGUCGCACGCGGCGCUGCACCGACUUUCUGCGGCGCAACGCGCUGGUGCUGUUCACGGUGUCUGGGGUGGUGGCGGGCGCUGGCCUGGGCGCAGCGCUGCGCGGGCUCCACCUGAGCCGCACACAGAUCACCUACCUGGCCUUUCCUGGCGAGAUGCUGCUCCGCAUGCUGCGCAUGAUCAUCCUGCCGCUGGUGGUCUGCAGCCUCGUGUCGGGCGCCGCCUCCCUGGAUGCCAGCUCCCUGGGGCGCCUGGGCGGUAUCGCCGUCGCCUACUUCGGCCUCACCACGCUGGGCGCCUCGGCGCUGGCCGUGGCUUUGGCAUUCAUCAUCAAGCCUGGGUCUGGCGCGCAGACCCUUCAGUCUAGCGACCUGGGACUGGACGACUCGGGGCCGCCUCCGGUCCCCAAAGAGACGGUGGAUUCUUUCCUCGACCUGGUCAGAAACCUGUUUCCUUCAAAUCUGGUGGUUGCCACUUUUCGUACGUAUGCAACCGAUUACAAAAUGGUGGCUCACAACACAAGCUCUGGAAACAUAACCCAUGAAAAGAUCCCCAUUGGCACUGAGAUCGAAGGGAUGAACAUUUUAGGAUUGGUCCUUUUUGCCCUGGUGUUAGGAGUGGCCCUAAAGAAACUCGGCUCUGAGGGUGAAGAGCUCAUCCGGUUCUUCAACGCCUUCAACGAGGCAACAAUGGUGCUGGUGUCCUGGAUUAUGUGGUACGUGCCAGUAGGCAUCAUGUUCCUGGUGGGAAGCAAGAUCGUGGAGAUGAAGGACAUUGUGGUGCUGGUGACCAGCCUGGGGAAAUACAUCUUUGCGUCUAUACUGGGCCAUUUCAUCCACGGGGGAGUUGUUCUGCCACUUAUUUAUUUUGUCUUCACACGAAAGAACCCAUACAAGUUCCUCCUGGGCCUCCUGACACCAUUUGCAACGGCAUUUGCCACCUGCUCCAGCUCAGCAACGCUUCCCUCUAUGAUGAAAUGCAUCGAAGAAAACAACGGCGUGGACAAGCGGAUCGGCAGGUUCAUCCUCCCCAUCGGGGCCACCGUGAACAUGGACGGGGCAGCCAUCUUCCAGUGCGUGGCUGCCGUCUUCAUUGCUCAGCUCAAUAACGUGGAGCUGAACGCCGGCCAGAUCUUCACCAUCCUAGUGACUGCCACAGCAUCCAGUGUUGGAGCGGCUGGCGUGCCAGCAGGAGGCGUCCUCACCAUCGCCAUUAUCUUGGAGGCCAUUGGGCUACCCACGCAUGACCUCUCUCUGAUCCUGGCUGUGGACUGGAUUGUGGACCGCACCACGACUGUGGUGAAUGUGGAGGGGGACGCCCUGGGCGCAGGCAUCCUUCACCACCUGAACCAGAAGGCAAUGAGCAAAGGGGAGCAGGAGCUGACCGAGGUCAAGGUAGAAGAGGCCGUCCCUAACAGCAAGUCAGAGGAGGAGACAUCCCCCCUGGUGACACACGGCCCUGGGGCCCGUGGCCCCGCUGUGGAAUCCAAGGAGUCGGUUCUGUGAUGUGGUAGGCCUGACAGUGGGGGAGGCCUGGCCUGUGAGUCCAGCCAGACCCUGGAAAUUGCCUCCCACUGACCUCCAGCUCCCCCAGCCUCACUUUGGCCCAGUCACUGCUUCGAGGAUGACCUCCCGGGCCUUCCCAGUGGGAACUGGUCACCAAGAGCCAGGACACUCACCCUGACACCGGGCCGUGUCCCAGGGCGCUGUGUGGGCACCCUCCAGCUGCCCCGCCUGGAGAGAGAGCAACUCCUGGGGACCAGGUGGUUAAAGCUUGGAAAAAUGCAGCUGGAUUCUUCAUUGUGGCCGGGCAGCUUCGCUUUUGGGUGCUUUCUGGGCAAGCCCCAAGGUGGGGGGUUGGUGGCAGUUUCCUGUCACACCGCCUGGUAAGCUUGCAUCACUGGGAACCAUCCCCCACCCCACCCCCCACCCCCGAUCUUUCUUUCACCUUGGCUGAAUGUCGAUGAACUGAGGAGCUUAGACUUGAUGCUCCAAUUCACUGUGGCUGCCUGUGGUUCCUUGGCGUGGAUAUGCGGCACAUGGUCAAUUUUGAAGGAACCAUCCCCCCCGCCCCGCCCCCCUGAAGCCGGGAGCAUUGCUGGAGCCUGUGGUCAGUGGCAUUCA